AUGGAGAUGUAUCCAGGUGACUGCUGGCUGCUCGCCGCCAUCGCCUCCCUGACGCUGAACGAGGAGGUUCUGGCUCGAGUCGUCCCACACGGACAGAGCUUCAGGGACGGAGAGUAUGCGGGCAUCUUCCACUUCCAGUUCUGGCAGUUUGGGGAGUGGGUGGACGUGGUGAUCGAUGACCGUCUGCCGGCCAGAGAUGGAGAGCUGUUGUUUGUCCACUCGGCGGAGGGGAGGGAGUUCUGGAGCGCCCUGCUGGAGAAGGCCUACGCCAAGUUGAAUGGCUGUUACGAGGCUCUGUCUGGAGGAUCCACCACGGAGGGUUUCGAAGAUUUCACCGGAGGAAUCGCUGAGGUCCACGAGCUGGCUCGACCUGAUCCACAUCUGUUCCACAUCAUCCAGAAAGCGCAGUGCCGCGGGUCACUGAUGGGCUGCUCCAUAGACAUCACAAGCUCAGCCGACUCGGAGGCUGUCACCCUUCAGAAGCUGGUGAAAGGCCACGCCUACUCUGUGACAGGGGCAGCUGUGGUGGAAUACCACGGCGACAUGGAGAAGCUGAUCCGGAUCAGAAACCCGUGGGGUCAGGUGGAGUGGACCGGAGCCUGGAGCGACAACUCGUCUGAGUGGCGUUACAUCAGCGAUGAGGACAGAGAGCGUCUGAGUCAUCGCUCAGAGGACGGAGAGUUCUGGAUGUCUUUCAAUGAAUUCCUGAGACAUUACUCCCGGCUGGAGAUCUGUAACCUGACGCCCGACGCCCUGAGCGAUGACUCCAUCUCUAAGUGGGCUCUGUCCAAGUUCGACGGCAGCUGGAGGACAGGAUCCACCGCUGGAGGCUGCAGGAACUAUCCCAACACAUUUUGGACGAACCCUCAGUUUGUGAUCAGGCUUGAUGAGGAGGACGAUGACCCGGACGACGGAGAGGAAGGCUGCAGCUUAGUGGUCGGUCUGAUCCAGAAGAACCGCAGACGUAUGAGGAAGAUGGGAGAGGACAUGCAAACGGUUGGAUUCGCCAUCUAUGAGGUUCCUGAUGAGUUCUGUGGUCAGAGGAACAUCCACCUGAACAGAAACUUCUUCCUGCGUCACGCCUCCGCCGCUCGUUCUGAAACCUUCAUCAACCUGAGAGAAGUGUCCAGCCGCUUCGUUUUGCCGCCUGGCGAGUAUAUAAUCGUCCCGUCCACCUUCGAGCCACAGAAGAACGGAGACUUCUGUGUGCGAGUCUUCUCAGAGAAACAGGCCGACUUCCAAGAGCUGGACGACCCCAUCGAGUGCCGAGUGGAGAAGAUCGAGAUCGAUGAGGGAGAUGUGGACAGUCGCUUCAGAAGUCUGUUUGGACAGCUGGCAGGAGGGGACUGUGAGAUCUCAGCCUUCGAACUGCAGAGGAUCCUCAACAAAGUGGUGACCAAACGUCAAGACAUCCAGACGAGCGGCUUCUGCCUCACGACGUGUCGUAACAUGAUCAACAUGCUGGACAAGGAUGGCAGCGGUAAACUGGGUGUGGUGGAGUUCAAAGUGCUGUGGACCAAAAUCGAGAACUACCUGAAAAUUUACAGAGAAAAGGACGUGGACAAUACGGGGACAAUGAGCUCAGCUGAGAUGAGGACGGCUGUGGAGGAAGCAGGUUUCAGUCUCAACAACCCGCUCCAUCAGGUCCUGGUGGCUCGUUACAGUGAACCAGAUCUCACCAUCGACUUCGACAACUUCGUCAGCUGUUUGGUUCGUCUGGAGAACAUGUUCAACUUGUUUGACACUUUGAACAAAGAUGACUCAGGAAACAUUCAGCUCAGCCUGUUGGAGUGGCUGAACGUGUCUCUGCUCUGAGGAACCAGGACCAGGCUGAUCCCGGACCUGAUCCCAGACUGGAGCUGAAACACUGGAGUCUGGUUCAUAUAUUCUACAGUAAUCACGAGGGAGAGGGAUGUUAAAGACACAGAGACAAACUGGUCAUUUCUUAUUACUUCAUUAACAUGUUAUAAUCACAUGUUUAUUAGUGUUUACACAGCUGUUAAUUCUCAAAGCAGACAUUAAUAAACAACUACAUUAUGUUCUGUUAUUCAUCAGUUAUUACAUGUUGGGAUUGCUUCUAUUUAUGGUUAGAUGUGUUCUGAUUGGUCCAGCAGAUUGUUUCUAUACUUCAUCAUUAGGUCAUUUAUUGUUUUGUGUUUGCUAGAGAAGCUGCUUCACACCGGAUGCCUUAAUAACACCUGUGUGCACUGUUAUAAACAUGUUAUUAAUGCCUUAAUAACACCUGUGUGCACUGUUAUAAACAUGUUAUUAAUGCCUUAAUAACCACCUGUGUGCCCUGUUAUAAACGUGUUAUUAAUGCCUUAAUAACACCUGUGUGCACUGUUAUAAAUGUGUUAAUAAUGCCUUAAUAACACCUGUGUGCCCUGUUAUAAACAUGUUAUUAACGCCUUAAUAACCACCUGUGUGCCCUGUUAAAAACGUGUUAUUAAUACCUUAAUAACCACCUGUGUGCCCUGUUAUAAACAUAUUAUUAAUGCCUUAAUAACCACCUGUGUGCACUGUUAUAAACAUGUUAUUAAUGCCUUAAUAACCACCUGUGUGCACUGUUAUAAACAUGUUAUUAAUGCCUUAAUAACACCUGUGUGCACUGUUAUAAACACGUUAUUAAUGCCUUAAUAACCACCUAUGUGCCCUGUUCUAAACAUGUUAUUAACGCCUUAAUAACCACCUGUGUGCCCUGUUAUAAACGUGUUAUUAACGCCUUAAUAACACCUGUGUGCAGUUAUACACGUGUUAAUAACACCUUAAUAACCACCUGUGUGCACUGUUAUAAACGUGUUAAUAACGCCUUAAUAACACCUGUGUGCACUGUUAUAAAUGUGUUAAUAACGCCUUAAUAACCACCUGUGUGCACUGUUAUAAACGUGUUAAUAACGCCUUAAUAACCACCUGUGUGCACUGUUAUAAAUGUGUUAAUAACGCCUUAAUAACCACCUGUGUGCCCUGUUAUAAACAUGUUAACGCCUUAAUAACACCUGUGUGCAGUUAUAAACGUGUUAAUAACACCUUAAUAACCACCUGUGUGCCUGUUAUAAACGUGUUAUUAACGCCUUAAUAACCACCUGUGUGCACCGUUAUAAACAUGUUACUAACACCUUAAUAACCACCUUUGUGCCCUGUUAUAAACAUGUUAUUAACGCCUUAAUAACCACCUGUGUGCAGUUAUAAACGUGUUAAUAACACCUUAAUAACCACCUGUGUGCACUGUUAUAAACGUGUUAAUAACACCUUAAUAACCACUUGUGUGCACUGUUAUAAACGUGUUAAUAACAC